AUGUAAAAAAGGAAUAAGGUAUUGAUUAAUUGAAACUUUUAAAAGUUAAGAAUAAAGGAUAUUUUGGGAUAGAAUGAAAUACUUUUAGAUGAGGCAAGCAAUGAAUAAUUUAGGAUUUAAUAAAGGUUUUUAAGGAAUCAUUAAAAGAUGUUUGAAUAAUUAACAUCAACACUUACAACGAGACCAUUAACAUUUGCGAAAUUUUCAUUUUAAAAGGCGGAAGUGGAAUAAGACGAUUAAUUAAGACCAAUAGUGAGUGGAAUAUAUUAACAUUAGAAAUAGGGUUCAAUGUUAACAAGUGAACUUUGGUCAAAAAAGCAAUGUAGAUAAUAUUUAAAAUAAGCCAAGUAUUAUUAAUGUUAAAAUGAUUAGUAUGUAAACAGCUAAAGGAGUUCUUAAAAGAUUUGCACAUUGGGAAUGGGAUUAGAAUUCAAAUAAGGAAAGAUUUAGAAAUGUCACUGAUAAAUUAAAAUAACCUACUUAUACGAAUGAAAGUGAAUUAGUAACUAAAUUAUAGUUAGGAACUAUAGAAGGAGAAAAAAGAUUAAGAUAAAAAAUAAUAAGAGAUUGGAGAAUAUAAAAGAGUUAUGAUAUUUAAGGUGAAUUAGAAAAGUAUAAGGAUAUAGAAAUAUUAAAAUAAAGAGGAUAAAAGUAUCAUAAAUCAAGUUAAUCAUUUGGACAAUUAUCUUUAAGACAUUAAGUAAAGAAUAAUUAACUAAAUCAUAUUAUUACAGAAUUAUCAGAAUUAUAGGAAGAUACAAAGAAAGAGAAAAAAAAGUUUGAACAAAUAGUAUUAAAAAAAAGAAAUGUAAAUCAUUAAUACAAGACAUCUUUUGAUUAAUUUUUGUAAGACUGA